AUGUUUUAUCGUCAUAUUCUCCGAACAUGUUUGCUCCCAGGACGAACAGUGGCUCAACUUGGCCGUUUGCAUGUUGUCUGUCGAGUACAGCGAGAGCUUUCUACCGGAAGUGACGAAGUACGACUGGCAGAGGAUGCCAGUAAGAAACAUGGUCGACCAGCUGCCACUAUUUUCUCCAAAGUGAUUGACAAAAGUCUCCCUGCAGAUAUCAUUUACGAGGACGAGAAGUGUUUGGCUUUCAGGGACAUUAGCCCUCAAGCUCCUGUUCAUUUCCUGGUUAUUCCCAAAAAGCACAUUCCCAGAAUAAGUGAAGCCAAAGAUGAGGAUGCUGAGGUCCUGGGACAUUUACUGGUGGUGGCCAAGAACGUAGCUAAGCAGGAAGCGCUUACAGAAGGCUAUCGAGUGGUUAUUAAGAGCCAUAAUGUCGUCUGCAGUCAUUAA